UGUUGUGUUUUCCCCAUAUAGGAAGAGAAGAGACGCAAAACGACACCCAGAGAAACAACUGAGAGAAAAAUGGCUCGAACCAAAACAGCUGUGAGCUCCAAGACCCACCCUCCCAAGUGCCUCCAGUGUGGACAGUACCUGGACGACCCGGACCUCAAGUAUGGGCAGCAUCCCCCUGAUGCGGUGGAUGAGCUGCAGAUGUUGACAAAUGAGAAACUGUCCAUCUUCGAUGCCAAUGAAUCUGGCUUUGAGAGUUACGAGGCUCUUCCCCAGCACAAACUGACAUGUUUCAGUGUAUACUGUAAGCACGGUCAUCUAUGUCCUAUUGACACCGGCCUGAUUGAGAAGAAUAUCGAGCUCUCUUUUUCUGGUUCAGCAAAACCAAUCUAUGAUGAUGACCCCUCUCUUGAAGGUGGUGUUAAUGGCAAAAAUCUUGGCCCUAUAAAUGAGUGGUGGCUUACUGGCUUUGAUGGAGGUGAAAAGGCUCUCAUCGGUUUCAGCACUUCAUUUGCUGAAUACAUUCUGAUGGAUCCCAGCCCAGAGUAUGCACCGAUAUUUGGUCUGAUGCAGGAGAAGAUCUACAUUAGUAAGAUCGUGGUUGAGUUGCUACAGAGCAAUCCUCACUCAACCUAUGAAGAUCUGAUCAAUAAGAUCGAGACGACUGUUCCUCCUUCUGUACUCAACUUGAAUCGUUUCACGGAGGAUUCCCUCCUUCGACACGCACAGUUUGUGGUGGGGCAAGUGGAGAGUUACGAUGAAGCCGGAGACAGUGAUGAGCCACCCAUCUUCCUGAGCCCCUGCAUGAGGGCCCUGAUCAAGCUGGCUGGGGUCACUCUGGGACAGAGGCGUGCCAAGAGCCGUCAGACUAUCAAGCAUUCUACCAAGGAGAAGGACAAAGGACCCACGAAAGCCACCACAACCAAGCUGGUCUACCAGAUCUUUGACACUUUCUUCUCAGAACAAAUUGAAAAGGAUGACAGAGAAGACAAGGAGAAUGCCUUUAAACGUCGGCGCUGUGGUGUCUGUGAGGUUUGUCAACAGCCUGAAUGUGGAAAGUGUAAAGCCUGUAAGGACAUGACUAAAUUUGGUGGUAGUGGACGAAGCAAGCAGGCUUGCCAGGAGAGGAGGUGUCCCAACAUGGCCAUGAAGGAGGCAGAUGAUGAUGAGGAAGUUGAUGAUAAUAUCCCAGAGAUGCCGUCACCCAAAAAAAUGCACCAGGGGAAGAAAAAGAAACAGAACAAGAAUCGGAUCUCCUGGAUCGGAGAAGCUGUGAAGACUGAUGGGAAGAAGAGUUACUAUAAGAAAGUCUGCAUUGAUGCGGAAACCUUGGAAGUAGGAGACUGUGUCUCUGUUAUUCCAGAUGAUUCCUCCAAACCGCUGUAUCUAGCGAGGGUCACAGCUCUGUGGGAGGACAGCAGCAACGGGCAGAUGUUUCAUGCCCAUUGGUUCUGUGCCGGGACAGAUACCGUCCUUGGGGCCACCUCGGACCCUCUGGAACUGUUCUUGGUAGAUGAAUGUGAGGACAUGCAGCUCUCGUACAUUUAUAGCAAAGUGAAGGUCAUUUAUAAAGCUCCCUCUGAAAACUGGGCCAUGGAGGGAGGCAUGGAUCCUGAGUCCCUGCUGCCAGAGGACGAUGGGAAGACCUAUUUCUACCAGUUGUGGUAUGACCAAGAUUAUGCGAGAUUUGAGUCACCUCCGCAAAUCCAGCCAACAGAGGAUAACAAGUACAAGUUCUGUGCAAGCUGUGCCCGUCUGGCUGAAAUGAGGCAAAAAGAAAUCCCCAGGGUCUUGGAGCAACUUGAUGACCUGGAUGGCCGGGUCCUCUACUAUUCAGCCACUAAGAACGGCAUUCAAUAUCGGGUGGGCGAUGGUGUGUACCUGCUACCUGAGGCCUUCACAUUCAACAUCAAGCUCUCCAGUCCUGUGAAACGCCCACGGAAGGAGCCUGUGGAUGAAGACCUGUAUCCUGAACACUACCGGAAGUAUUCUGACUAUAUCAAAGGUAGCAACUUGGAUGCCCCUGAGCCCUACCGAAUAGGCCGGAUAAAGGAGAUCUUCUGUCCUAAGAAGAGCAAUGGCAAGCCCAAUGAGGCCGACAUCAAGAUCAGGCUCAACAAGUUCUACAGGCCCGAGAACACUCACAAGUCCACCCCGGCGAGCUACCAUGCAGACAUCAACCUGCUGUACUGGAGUGACGAGGAGGCUGUGGUAGACUUCAAAGCGGUGCAGGGCCGCUGUGCCGUGGAGUACGGGGAAGACCUGCCCCAGUGUGUUCAGGACUACUCGACGGGCGGGCCAGACCGCUUCUAUUUUCUGGAGGCCUAUAAUGCAAAGAGCAAAAGCUUUGAAGACCCUCCAAACCAUGCCCGGAGCCCUGGAAAUAAAGGAAAAGGGAAGGGAAAAGGGAAAGGCAAGCCUAAAUCUCAAACAUGUGAGCCGAGUGAACCUGAGACAGAAAUCAAGCUGCCCAAACUGAGGACCCUGGAUGUGUUUUCGGGCUGUGGAGGGCUGUCAGAAGGAUUCCACCAGGCAGGAGUCUCUGAGACACUAUGGGCCAUUGAAAUGUGGGACCCCGCGGCUCAGGCAUUCCGGUUGAAUAACCCUGGCUCCACAGUGUUCACGGAGGACUGCAAUGUCCUACUGAAGCUGGUCAUGGCUGGUGAGGCAACCAACUCCCGGGGCCAGAGGCUGCCCCAGAAGGGAGACGUGGAGAUGCUGUGCGGUGGGCCGCCCUGCCAAGGCUUCAGCGGCAUGAACCGCUUCAACUCGCGUACCUACUCCAAGUUUAAAAACUCCCUGGUGGUCUCCUUCCUCAGCUACUGUGACUACUACCGGCCCCGGUUCUUCCUCCUGGAGAAUGUCAGGAACUUCGUCUCCUUCAAGCGCUCCAUGGUCCUGAAGCUCACACUUUGCUGCCUGGUCCGCAUGGGCUAUCAGUGCACCUUCGGUGUGCUGCAGGCUGGCCAGUACGGUGUGGCCCAGACUCGGAGGCGGGCCAUCAUCUUGGCUGCAGCCCCUGGGGAGAAGCUCCCGCUGUUCCCAGAGCCACUGCAUGUGUUUGCACCCCGGGCUUGCCAGCUGAGUGUUGUGGUGGACGACAAGAAGUUUGUCAGUAACAUCACCAGGUUAAGUUCAGGUCCAUUCCGGACCAUCACAGUGCGUGACACCAUGUCUGACCUGCCUGAAAUCCGGAAUGGGGCAUCAGCGCUAGAGAUUCUGUACAAUGGGGAGCCUCAGUCCUGGUUUCAGAGGCAGCUCCGGGGCUCACAGUAUCAGCCCAUCCUCAGGGACCACAUCUGCAAGGAUAUGAGUGCGUUGGUGGCCGCCCGCAUGCGGCAUAUCCCUCUGGCCCCAGGCUCAGACUGGCGUGACCUGCCUAACAUCGAGGUGCGGCUCUCAGAUGGCACCAUGGCCAGGAAGCUUCGGUACACCUACCAUGACAGAAGGAAUGGUCGCAGCAGCUCUGGGGCCCUCCGUGGGGUCUGCUCCUGUGUGGAAGCUGGCAAAGCCUGUGACCCUGUGGCCAGGCAGUUCAACACCCUCAUCCCCUGGUGCCUGCCUCAUACCGGGAACAGGCACAACCACUGGGCUGGCCUCUACGGAAGGCUUGAGUGGGAUGGCUUCUUCAGCACAACUGUCACUAACCCCGAGCCCAUGGGCAAGCAGGGCCGUGUGCUCCACCCAGAACAGCACCGUGUGGUGAGCGUGCGGGAGUGUGCCCGCUCCCAGGGUUUUCCUGACACCUACCGGCUAUUUGGCAACAUCCUAGACAAGCACCGGCAGGUGGGCAAUGCCGUGCCGCCUCCCCUGGCUAAAGCCAUUGGCUUGGAGAUCAAACUCUGCAUGUUGGCCAAAGCUCGAGAGAGUACCUCAGCUAAAGUAAAGGAGGAGAAAGCUGCUAAGGACUAGUUUGCCCUCCCUCACCUUGUUUCUGGCACCAGGAAUUUAUGCACUGAUGUUAUAUUUUUAACUUGUUGAAAUCUGUCAUUUCAAACGUGUUGUACAUGGUGUUUGUGGCCUUGGCUGACACGCAGCUAUUCCGUGAGGUUUGCUUAUCAACUAAUGACUUAGUGAUCAAAUUGUGCCGUGCCUUGUGUGUUCUGGAUUUUAAAAUUUUUUUUAUGCCAUUAUAUCAAAUCUACCACUGUAUGAGUGGAAAUUAAGACUUUAUGUAGUUUUUAUAUGUUGUAAUAUUUCUUCAAAUAAAUCUCUCCUAUAAACCAC